UUCAAUGAAAUUAGAACGGCUUAGCAACACUGGUACAAACAAAAGUUUUAAAACGUUCCAUGAUGACGUCCAAUUGUGGAACUAUCUCAUCUCAUCUCAUAUCGUAAAAUCAGGAGUGAACCGCAAGGAAUAAGUUAUCCUUAACAUCAAUCAUGUCUUUCCUUCGAUAUUCAGGUCGGCCUUAUACGGUACGUAAUUUUACUCGUUUCGUAGAGAUUGUCAAAAAACCACAUGAACAAAGUUAUUCACAAAAAUUCUAAUUCAGAACCAAAGCCGUGAGGAACAAUUUCUUCGCUACUUUCGGGACUCGGGAGCCUCACAAGCACUCCAAAAGGCGAUGAUCCUCCUCUUCAAAAUGCCUAUAAAACCUACAAACUUGGAAGAAUUUUUUGCAGAAUAUUUGGAUAACGGAGCUCGUGAUUUAGUCCAACUCAGCCUUUUAAAGGCAGAACUAUGCUACAAACACUCCGAGGUAUUUAGGCUACCACGCUAGUUACUCUCAAUAGUUAUUUUUUGGAAAAUACUUUUUUUUGUAGACUCAAAAUAUGCAUCGAAGUAUAAAGCAUUUGCAGAACGAGAUUCAGGUAUUCGAGUCGAAAGGGUACGGAAAAAACAGACCAAGUCGUCCGGAAACCAUUCUUGAAGAAAAUAUUGCUCCAGGCCCCGAGAAAAACGCUCCACUUUUCGGAGACGAUCAACAAUAUCGGUUCAGCGUUCUGGAACGAUUUCUUGGAGAUUUAGAUGGAGCAUCGCAAGGACGACCUUCCGUCGCAAAUACGGAUGCCAAUGUGGAAAGUGGAGACGAAGAGGAAGAAUCACAAGAUUGGACUAACAACAUCAAAAAAUUGGAUCCGUGGGGAAUUGUAUGCACGACGAAAACAAUGAACGUUCGACCCUCUGUCGCAACGGAGGACGACAUGAUCACCAGUCUCCAACAAGCUGACGAUGCUGGUGGGAAUGGAAAUAGGAAAAGUAGUACAGGAAAUGGGCGAGCAUCUCUGGACCAAGCCGACGUAGAAGGCAAAGAAGUUAUGAGCGAAAUUGUGUCCUCAUCCUCGUCCCGAAGUGAUCCAGAAGACAUGAAAUAUGCAGAGUCGGAUGAAGCCGAAACCCUUGCAGAGAUUUAUCACUCUUACGCCACUGCUUUUGAUAAGCAUGCGACCUCGCGGAGACAAAGUGACGACCCGGUUCAGCGGAGUCUCAAAAUGCCGAUUCAUCACUUAUACCGACACACCCACCAUUGGAAGAAUGACAUCACAAUUCCCGCUGAUAAGGAAAUGGACACAAAAUUCUUAUCUGUGGCCCAACCCCCCAAAGGAGCCAGUACACCCACUAUUCCCAGCAAGCUUGGUGAAAUGAUGGGAUGGUCUCGCUACUUUUGUAACACAAACACCAGUGUUGUUGAGGACCAGCCCACGACCUCUUCAAAAUCCAUCUCGCUCAACAAGCCUUCCAUCUUCCCAAAACCAAACUGGUCACAAUUCACCGAACUUUACAAUGAAGAUGAUGAUGCAGACGACGACGGAGGAAGAAAUGUGGACCCCUGUCUGCAAAAUGUCGAUUUCUACAGCCACCUAAAAUGGCAGGAUGACGAUACCAAGAAUUUUCCAAUCUCUCCAAAAGACGAAAGUUUUCUCCUCGAUUAUGAAAUGGCUCGUAUUGCGAGAAAAAUGGAAAACGACGACCCCGGAUUUAUGUUUGAAUUCUUGCAAAAGUUUGAAAACGCAACUCCGGUCGAAAAAGAUGGAAUUUGUGGCCAGUGCAAAAAAUGGAAGAAACCGAAAUCAUCACCUACUAAAAGACGGAUCGAUGCAGCUACAAGCACAACUGAGCUGGAUGUUUGCCAAUGUGAGGAUGAUUGUCCUUGCGACUUGCCACCACCACCCUGGUCAAGCAAAUCUUCAUUGCGUCAACCUGGAAAAAUGACAAAUUGGACCAAAGACUAUGCCGAAUAUCCUGGGGAAUACGAAGUUGGUGGUGGCGAGGGUGACUAUGCUGGAAAGAUGAAGUCAAAAAAAUCUCCCACGACCACUUCAUUAGGACAAUUCCUCCACGAGUUCAUGGACAUGGAGGACGUCAUCACACAGGUCAAAUCCUCUUGCGAAUGUGGCCUCGAUGACGAUGAUGACGACGAAGACGACACCCUUCUCUAUCCCGACGAGUGUGAACAUUACUGUAAAAUUUCUGCCGCUUCAGAAGAAGAUGACGGCAAAGAGCAACGGGGUCGACAACAGUCAAACGUAGUGAAGCGCGUCAGCGGUGAUGGAGAACGAAGAACAUCCAUCGAUCCAGAACUGGAGCGAUCCUUCCGAGAGAGUGGAGGUUAUGCGAUGGUGCAAGAGUUGAAACAACGACAAAGGGACAAAGCAUCGUCAAUAAGUCAACAACCACAAAAUGAUCUGGAUGCUGAACUCCAGCAGCCAAAGUUCCCUUCGGAAGUGUACGAAACUCUAGAUUUGAACGUCGAGGUCAAGAAAGCGUUCGGAAUCGACUAAUCAAUAUUAAAUGAUAAUUAAUCUAAACAUAAUAUCGACCUAAAAUCAUGAUUAUGGCACAUAAGAUUUUCCAGUACAUACAUCUUUACCACUACUCACUAUUGCUUAUCAU